AUGGCUGCCGAGGCCUCGACAACCGGGCUCAGCGCGUCUUCCUGCCACAAAGUGGGGAGUAAGAGUGCGUGGGGUGCUUCCAGGUGCCAGUGCACUCGGUGUGGAAGAAAAGUGUCGGUGGCCUCCGGUCACCACCAUGAGUUUCAGUGUGGACAUGCCUUUUGUGAACGGUGCCUGUUAGUAACUCAAGAAUAUACCACAAGUAAAUGCCCUGAUUGUGAGGUUCAUACAGCUGUCAGUAUGAAUCAAGGUCAUGGAUUUAUUAAAGAAGAUUCUUCUCUAGAAGCAUUGCAACCUAAAAUGGUAAAGAACUGUUCUUCAGACCUUAAAAAGACGAUGGACCAGCUAAUUGUUGAUUUGGAACAUUCAUCCUCCAUAAACAGGACUGUUUCAAGCCUGUCAGCUGUAAUGUCGGAAACAGAAGAAAUCGAUGAGGCACUGAAGAUAGCAGGCUAUAAUUUUGAACAAUUGAGUAAUGCUGUAAAAAUGCUUGAUGGCACACAAAAUCAAACAAGAGAGGAAACACACAGUCUAACAGAGGUUGUGGAGAAAGAAUUUGAUAAACUUCUUGCUUCUCUUAACUCUAGGAAAAAGAGCCUGUGUCAAGAACUUGAAAGGCAUACAGAUGAUUAUUUAUCAAAAUUAGCAACAGUUAAAAGCUACAUUGAAGAGAAAAAAAAUGAUUUGGAUGCAGCUAUGAAGAUAGCAAAAGAACUCAAAUCAGCACCUUCACUGAGGACCUACUGUGACCUGACUCAGAUUAUCCGGACCUUGAAGUUAACAUUUGAAAGUGAAUUGUCACAAGUUAAUUCUAUAAUUCCAAGGAAUCCCGCGAGGUUGAAUAUAAAUUGCAGCAAGAUUAUCUGCAUGUUCAACAGUAUGGGAAAGAUUGAAUUUGAGGACUCAACAGAAUGUUACCCGCAAGAAAAUGAAGUUGGACCGAAUGUUCAAAAGCAGUUUAAUAAUAAAGAGGAACUUGGUUGUGGUGCAUUCUCAUCACUAGAAAAGGAAAGGGUAGGCGCAGCUGUCCUUUCUGGUGAAGCACCUGUACCUCCUUUGCAAGCAGAGACCCCUGACAAGCAUCUAGAAGGAAAAAGCAAGCAGUCACAGAAAGAGAUGGCUGUAGUGAUGUCUCCCAAGACUAUUGCUGUGCUGCCUCAACUGGGAUCUAGUCCUGAUGUGAUAAUUGAAGAAAUUAUUGAGGAAAACCUAGAAUGUGGUCCAGAGCUAGUUUUUGUAAGCCAUAUAAUACAUCCUUGCCACUUCUAUGUGCGGAAAUAUUCUCAAAUUAAAGAUGCUACGGUGUUGGAGAAGAAGAUGAAGCAGGUUUGCAAUAAGAGCUUGCACCUAGAUCCUUCAGACAUUUUGGAGCUAGGCGCAAGAAUAUUUGUCAACAGUAUUGAGAAUAGAAUGUGGUGUCGAGGAAUUAUCACUGAAAUAAUUCCAACAAAAACUAAAAAUAUUAGAAAACCAUGUAGUUCAACCAAAUUCUCAGUCUGUGAAAUUUCAGUAAUACAGAUAUUCAUGGUAGAUUUUGGAAAUUCUGAAGUCCUGAUCAUCACAGGAGUUGGUGACACACACAUGCGACCAGAGCAUGUUGGUGAACAACGUAUUACACUAAGUGAAUUCUGUCUGCUUCUGAGGAAGUCUGAACCAUAUAGCGAAGAGCUGCUGAAAGACAUCCUCCCUUUAGCACACCUGUGCUCCUUGAAGGACAUCGUGCCAUACAAUUCUAGUGAAGGCUGGGAAAAGGAAGCAAAAGUAGAAUUUUUGAAAAUGGUAAAUAACAAGGCUGUUUUAAUGAAAACUUUUGGAGAGGAAGAUGAUGUGCUUAUUGUUGAUCUGCAGAAACCACCAACAAAUAAAAUCAGCAGCGAUAUGCCUGUGUCUCUCAGAGAUGCAUUGGUUUUUAUGGAACUAGCAAGGUUUAGGUCACAAUCACCAAGAAGUCACAGUGAAAAAAAUACAACUUUAUGCUACCAUCCACCCAUUUUGCCCGAAGAGACGACAGAAGUUUCAGUCAUGGUUUGCCAUAUAAAUAGCCCUACUGAUUUUUACCUUCAGUUGAUGGAGAACCUGGACUUUUUAUCUCUUUUAAAGACAAUUGAGGAAUUCUAUAAAGGAGAAGAUGAAGAAAAUCUAGAAAUCCUUUGUCCUAUUCAAGAUCAAGCAUGUGUAGCAAAAUUUGAAGAUGGAAUUUGGUAUCGUGCAAAAGUCAUCGGAUUGCCUGGACAUCGGGAAGUAGAAGUCAAAUAUGUGGACUUUGGUAAUACUGCAAAAAUAACACUUAAAGAUAUGCGGAAAAUAAAGGAUGAGUUUCUGGACCCCCCAGAGAAGGCAAUUAAAUGUAAGCUGGCAUAUAUUGAACCAAGUAAAAGAACACAGUGGUCCAAAAAGGCUAAAGAAAAAUUUGAAGAAAAGACUCAAGACAAAUUUGUGACAUGUUCUGUUAUUAAGAUUCUGGAAAAUAAUGUGCUCUUGGUUGAGCUUUUUGAUUCUCGGGUUCCUGGAGCAACUGCUGUUAGUAUUAAUGCCCAGCUUGUCAAAGAAGGCCUAGCGACUUAUGAAGCAGGAUAUACCCUCAAAGAUAAUUCUAAAAAGCAUCUUGAAGUAUGGGAUCCUUCUCCUGAAGAAAUCAUUUCAAGUGAAAUAAACAGCUUAAGCCCUCUGUCUGUAAAAUCUCUACCUAAUGAGAAUUUCCAGGCCUUAUAUAACAAGGAGCUGCCUGUGAAUAUAUGUAAUGUAAUAUCUCCUGAGAAGAUUUAUGUUCAGUGGUUAUUAACAGAAAACUCACUUAAUAGUUUGGAAGAGAAGAUGACAGCCGCCUAUGAGAACUCAGAAUGGAAACCUGUUAGGUGGGAACGUGACAUGCACUGUGCUGUUAAGGUCCCAGCUAAAAGUCAGUGGAGAAGAGGCCAGAUUAUCAGAAUGGUCACGGACACAUUGGUGGAGGUCUUGCUGUAUGAUGUGGGUGUUGAACUAGUAGUGAAUAUUCACUGUCUAAGAGAACUUCAAGACAGUCUAAAGACCAUGGGAAGAUUGUCUCUAGAAUGCUCACUUGUUGAUAUAAGACCAACUGGUGGAAGUGACAGGUGGACAGCAACAGCCUGUGACUGUCUCUCACUGUACCUUACUGGAGCUAUAGCAACCAUAAUCUUGCAGGAAAACAGCACAACAUGGCCAUUACCUGUGAAAAUUUUCUGCCGAGAUGAAAAAGGAGAACGUGUUGAUGUUUCUAAAUAUUUGAUUAAAAAAGGUUUGGCUUUGAAAGAAAGAAGAACUAGUAAAUCAAAUAAGAGCCAUUCAUCUGAGACACCUUUGGAAAUCCCCCCGGAACAAGGAGAGCCAAUAGUUACUAAGUGCUUUAAAACUAACUUUGAUACUAACAAGAAAAUUGCUGAUAAAAUCAAUGAACACAAAGUACCUCAUUCAAAGGAGAAAAAAUCAGAAACCAGAACCACCGGAUGCUAUAAACCACCAGCUAUUCCUAACACAAAUGCAUUUGAGGCAGUAGUGAGCUGCAUUGGUGAUGAUGGAACUAUAUUUGUAGUGCCUAAAUUAUCAGAGUUUGAACUCAUCAAAAUGAUGGAUGAAAUUCAAAGUAAUUUAAAGUGCCUUGGUCUUCUGGAGCCAUAUUUCUGGAAAAAGGGAGAACCUUGUGCAGUGAGAGGAUCUGAUACUUUGUGGUAUCGUGGCAAAGUCAUGGAGGUUGUGGGAGGCACCAUCCGGGUGCAAUAUUUAGAUCAUGGGUUCACUGAGAAGAUUCCACAGUGCCAUCUUUAUCCUAUUUUGCUGUAUCCUGACACACCCCAGUUUUGUAUUCCCUGUCAUCUCUAUCAGACCUUACCGGUUGGAAAUGUGUGGCAGCCGGAUGCCAUAGAGCUGCUUCAGGAGCUGCUUCCAAAGAGAGAGGUGGACAUUCACAUUAUGGAAUUGCCUGAAAAUCCAUGGGGAAAAUUGUCUGUUCAUCUCUAUUUUGAUGGGAUGUCACUUUCUCAUUUUAUGGCUCAUCAUAAAUAUUGUAUUUUUGAACAUUCUGAGGAGAUAUUUAAAGAAAAACCAAGAGGUCAGGAUAAAAAAUAUGAAGAUGAACACUGGAAAAUAAGAUUUGAGGAAUUGCUUUUGCCUGAAAUGGAGGCUCCCAUUUUACCACCAUAUCUGUCUUCACUUCUCCCUCCACCAGAGGAACUGUAUGCUGUGCAAGUAAAGCACAUCAUCUCACCUAAUGAAGUGUAUAUUUGCCUUGAUUCUGCAGAAAGCUGUUCUCACCAUCCUGGUGACACAGAUGACAGUGGAAUCAGUUGGGAAUCUGAGUCAGAGAACCUGGAGGAAGCACUGCAGAGAUAUAACAAGAAUGUGGAGAACUUCCCUCCCCUGACAGACUUUAGUUCAGAAAUGCCUUGCCUUGCAGAAUAUGCUGACGGCUUGUGGUACAGAGCAAAGAUCAUUUCCAUUAAAGAAUUCAAUCCUUUAUCUGUCCUGGUACUAUUUGUUGAUUAUGGGUCCACAGAGAAGCUGACAGUAAACAGACUCCGUCAGAUUCCUGUUCAGCUUAUGCAGUAUCCAGCCCAGGCCAUAAAAGUUCUCUUGGCAGGAUUUAAACCUCCCUUAAGUGACUCGGGAAAGGCAAGAAUACCAUACUGUCCCAAGUGGAGCAUGGAAGCAUUGUGGACCAUGAUAGACUGUCUCCAAGGAAAACAACUUUACGCUUCCUCUGUGGCUCAGGUACCAGAACAAAUAGUGACAUUAUAUGAAGAUGAACAAUACCCAGUUCAUAUGUCCUUGGUAGAAAUGGGGCUUGCAGAUAAAGAUGAAUGAUGUAAGUGUACAUUCUUGGUCAAACAUUUAGUCAGCAAAUGGGUGUCUACACAUAACUGCUAUGGCAGAGAUUAAUGCUAAAUUGCUUAUGAAAGCACCUCAGAUAUUCUAAUUUCUCAAAAGAUGAAG